GUGUGCUCUUCAUCACCUUUUAUUGUCUCCCCUUUCCCACUUUCUUUUCCAUCUGCGUUCGAUUCUCUGCGCACUCUUCUCUCUUCCCUCUUCCCUUUGUGCGGCUCGGUACAUACCCUCAUCGAGACUGCAGAGCGCGCUCCUGUUCGUCCUUGUUCUCUCAUCCUUCUCCUUGGUGUUCUCCCUAUUCUAAUAAGGCACACACCACGGCGCGUUCCACCUGUCCUAAUCGUGCAGUCGAUCUCCACCUCCCUCCUUUCACACCCUCUGCACUUGAACCCAUAAGAGAACAGCUUCUUACUUGACUCCCAAGUCGCUUUUUCGCCCUCAGCCGUCUUCCCUUCUCGUCGCUCCUUCUUCCUAUUUACGAUUCAUUCGACGCCAGUGUUGACUGCGCAAAGCCAUCGAUUGAACUUCCGCAUCUUUGGCCCAAGCUGGAUUCUUUCAAGGGAGCGUUUGGAGCUGAGAAGGGUGGCCGCUUCUCAUCCCCGAGUCGCAGGAGAAUGGCAGGCUCACAGCGCUAUGUGCGCUACAUCGGCUUUGCGCUAUUUUGCAUAGCCGUCCUGUACUUUAUCACCUCGUCCUCACCCACGCCCGGUUUGGGCAGCCUCACACCUAGCACGGGUGGUUCCAAUGCGGGCUUCGCCCCUGAGAAAUCCUCUGGCGACAGCCUGGACAAGGGUACCACUCCGAAACCUGUUGACACACUCGUCGGAACCGCCCCUGGCAAGCGCAUGAAUGCCACCUUUGUCACCCUCGCCCGCAACAGCGAUGUCUGGGAGAUCGCGCGCUCCAUCCGCCAAGUCGAGGAUCGCUUCAACCGCAAGUUCAACUACGACUGGGUCUUCCUCAACGAUGCUGAGUUUGACGACACAUUCAAGAAGGUCACGUCCGCCCUGACUUCUGGCAAGACCAAGUACGGCAAGAUCCCCAAGGAGCACUGGUCCUUCCCCGAGUGGAUCGACGUCGACAAGGCGGCCAAGGUGCGCGAGGAGAUGCGCGAGAAGAAGGUCAUCUACGGCGACUCCGUCUCCUAUCGCCAUAUGUGCCGCUACGAGUCUGGCUUCUUCUUCCAUCACCCGCUCAUGCUUGACUACGAGUGGUACUGGCGCGUCGAGCCAUCCAUCGAGCUGUUCUGCGACAUCAACUACGACACGUUCAAGUUCAUGGCCGACAACGGCAAGAAAUACUCGUUUGUGCUCUCGCUAUACGAGUACGUCGAGACGAUCCCUACGCUGUGGAACAGCGUCAAGACCUUCAUGAAAGAACACCCAGAGCACAUUGCUAAGGGCAAUUCCAUGGCCUUCCUGUCCGAUGACGGUGGCGCGACGUACAACCACUGCCACUUCUGGUCCAACUUCGAAAUUGGCAAUCUCGACUGGCUGCGCUCCAAGGCCUACCUCGACUACUUUGAGCGUCUCGACAAGGACGGCGGCUUUUUCUACGAACGCUGGGGCGACGCGCCCGUGCACUCAAUUGCUGCCGCGCUCAUGCUGCCAAAGGAGGAAAUUCACUUCUUCAACGACAUCGCCUACUACCACGUCCCGUUCACACACUGCCCGACAGGAGAGCAAUAUCGCAUGGACCACAAAUGCCACUGCAACCCGAAGGAUAACUUUGAUUGGCAGGGUUACUCUUGCCUGACCCGCUUCUUCGAUCUCAAUGACAUGCACAAGCCUGCCGGGUACGAAAAGGAGCAGUCCUAAAUCUGGACAUUCACUUCUUUUUCUCGAUCUCGCGCACGCUUCUAUCCCUCUCUUCCCUUUCCAUCCAACAAGAUCUUCUAUAUAUUUUUAGAACGCCUGUCUUAGGCGAAGUCUGCCGUGGUUUUUAAUAUGGGCUGAUCUGCGUCGUGGUCUAUGCGGGGAGCUCGAUGCAAGUCAUCACACGCGUCGUCUUCAUCCUUGUGUCCAUCAUGUAUAUCAUAGGGCAUCUGGCAGGGACUAUGCACUGGCUGGUGAGUUUCGACAUCAUUCCCUUCCACGGUCUUCUCCAUAAGUCGGUGGUGUAUGACAAAACAUAAUCUGGCGUUUUCAUGGGGUAUAUGGGAUUUUCUGUCGAAAGUGAAAAUUUUGACACCUUCUCCUUUUCCUAUAUCGUGUACAUGAAUUAUAGAAGUUGUUUCCGCUUAGGGGGGAGGGAGAAUCACUACUGGGACAAAGGGGCACAUUUGAUACGAGUGCUUGUCGCAUGAGUCUGCCGACAUUCGGAAUUCUCUCGCUGAGCGCGUUGCUUGCUCUUACUUUGUUGCUUUUUCCAUACGGUCUCAUGUAUGUAUGAGCUGUAUUUCGCGAUGAACGAGAGGUCAGGACAUACAAAGAAUUAGGUGUUGAAUAUGAGAACGGGAACUGUAUAUUUUUUUGGGCUACUUUGCGCCUUUUGACGCUGGCGGGAAGCCUUUCCGAGGUUCCUUUGCAAUUUAGAUCUUUCUGCUUCAA